AUGUCCCCAGUGUCGAUGCAGGACUACCACAUCUUCGAUGGCCACGGCAUGAUCCAUGCGGUGCACUUCCUCGGAGAUGAAGAGGGCGCAACUUACGCUCGGCGCUACGUCCGGACACAAGCUCUUCAGUUUGAAGAGUCUGAAGGCCAGUGCCUGUAUACUGGCAUGAAGAAGAUGCUCCCUCAGUUCCCCACCUUUUUCCGGCUUCUGUUUGAGAAAUACUUCGGCUCCUCCGGGAGCACGGACUCGCCCUACUGGGUCAUCCAGAACCGAAAUCCCGCCAACAACGGCUGCACCGUGCAUGCGGGGCGCGUUUUGGCUACUUGGGAGGCCGGCUGGGCCUAUGAACUCCGGUUGCCGGACUUGGAAACGCUGGGCCUGUUCGACUACGAGGGAACCUGGCCAGAUGGGGCCGUCACGGACAACUGCAGCGCACAUGGAAAACAGGACCCCGAGACCGGGCAAUUCAUCACGAUCUCCUACAACAUGAUCGAGCUGCCCCCAUGGCUGCGUGUGAUCACGGCCAGCGCGGAUGGCGCCUUAGAGAAGUCGGUCAAGGUGCCGUUGCCGUCUGGGGCAGCCUUACUGCACGACUUUGGGAUCACCCAGCGACGGGUCAUCCUCAAUGUCGGACCACUGAACUUGGUGCCGCUGAAGAUGGUCAGCGGUGCUCCUCCUUUCGACUUCGACUUCUCGGCGAAGUGCUAUUUUGGCAUUCUCAGCCGGUCAUCCGAUUCUGCAGAUGACGUGAUCUGGGUGGAAGCCGAAAACUGCUUCAACUUUCAUGUUCUGAACGCUUACGACGAUCCCACAGACCCUGGUCGCGUCAUCGUGCACACCUUCCGUCAGGACUACACCCUCGGGCUGGGGAUGGGAUCGAAGCUGAACGAGGAAACGCGUAGGUCCCCACACGGGCGGCGGCUGCAAGGUGACACCGCUGUGCUGCAUCGGUGGGUGAUCGAUGUGUCUGCGGCCAAAGUCGUCGAAAGCACACGCCUACACCAGCCGCCGGCCGAUCCAAGGAGGAGUAAACGCCGGAAGGUUAGGAGAGAGAGCCCAACAAUCCCAUAG